AUGGCGUCCGUUCCAAAGUCAAGGAUCACUGAUAUCCCGUGGCACCAUCUUCUGCGUGCCUCUCUGCGCGAAUGUACCUAUCUACCGGACCCCGUUGCCCGGUCUUUCAUGCGUGACUAUGUCCUGGACCGAUAUCGCCGAGCGUCUGGCCACUCCAGCCGACUAGAAAGCCAAAAGCUCCAACGAGCCCGCCAGGGACUGUCAAUACUACACAGAGCCAAUGAGGGUUAUCAGCUCCCUCUUGAAAAGGUCUUAUUUCUCUCAUACGGUCGUAUUGGCAAGCGGAGGCAAGAAAUGCUAAACGACUUCAUGAAACCCCCUGUACCAAAGGAUACAGCUGCGGUCAAAGCACUCAUCGCGGAGCCCGCCAAAUUUGAAGACGGUUGGGAGCCUCCAGCGUUAAUGACGAAUCUCGCCAAAUCUCAGAUGAGCAAUGGAGUGGUUAUGACGGUUCGUCGUCGGCCACGGAUACAAAAACUCGAACCACCUAUACCAGGAAAGAAUUCCUGGGGUCGGCCAGUGCCUAAGGUGCGCCGAAAGAAUAUCCGCAGAAAAUGGUAUCAGUCGACGCUGUAUUCCCCUUUCCCCCCCUUGCCAAAAAAGGAGCUUGGUAUUCUAGACGGUCUGUUGUCAAGAACUAUCCCCUGGGAGCCUGUGAAGCGGCGGGUACUCUCCACAACCCCUUCUCUCUCCUCCUCCACUGAUAAUACCAUACUGGACUUUCUGGUAGAGGGACCGCAAAAGGGCCACACAUUUCGUGAAUAUGUCCUUGGCCGGCCACACAAGUUCACACCCAGGUUCAUGCAACGCCAAUGGAGGCGCAUUUCUGCACUGGUGCCUCGCAUGUACCACAUUCCCAACUCUGAUAAAACAUAUUUCAGCUGGGAUACACCAAAGCCAAUGCCGGUUGUGACAUCGUCCGUCGUCACGGAAGCAGACGUGGAUGAUAUCUUUGGGGAAAAAAUCGUCCCACCUCUGAAGCCCAAGCGCAACACUACCCAGGAGAGCUGA